UAGAAAGAAAAAGUCAAUUUUUUGAGCACCUCCGACAUGUUGAAAGUGAUUUGAUAUUUUGUCAUGCAAAGGUAUUGUUGUGGAAUCCGUGGAAUCUCCAAAAUGCUGUUGUUGGAGACACCGACAGUGCAGCAGUAAAGGUUUUUUUCGAUCAGAUAAUCGUUUGAGAAAAAAAGUUUGGCUCAAAUGAAGCGAAGAUUCAGUCAAGAUGGGAGACUCUGUUAAACUUACAGCUGAACAGCGGCAGAGAAUCGAGGCCAACCGCCAAAAGGCGCUCUUGAAGAGAGCUGCAAAGAAUGCCACGACGACAUACAGUCCACUAGCAUCUGCGCCAAUAUCGGCGAGGAUUGCUGGCAGUUCUUCAGUGCCAUUCCACAGCAGUGCCAAAGCAGCGCCCAGCGUUUCUUCAGUUGCUACUAGCAAUUCGAAUCGAGACUCUGUCAUCAGUUCAUCAAACUGUGCUACCGUGACAAUUCCCCCUAAAGACCAAACUCGGUCCAGUGCUUCUUUUGGUAACACCAAUGGCAAAGGAAACUCAAUGCCGUUUGUCACAUCUUUCAAAAGUGUCAACACGUGUGUGACUGGACUUCCCAGUAAACCUAGUGAUAUCUCUACACAGCAACUUCGUACACAGCAAGAGAUCGAUGCCCGUCGACAAAAGGCACUCGCUCUCCGUGCGCAAAGAAAUGCACCACAAAUACGAGGGGAGACAUUGUUUAAGGGAACAACAGCGCCAUCUACUUCUGUCUUACCAAAGGAAAAUUUUUAUUCUCGCCCUUCUUCGAAUGCUACAGCUACAUGUACCCCGAAGACGUACACUCCAGGUGCUAAUCAAACGAAAGGAACAAAUGAUACACGACUGCAGCAGAAUGAGUGCACGGAAAAAGUUUCUAAACCUAUACCUCAACAAAGCAAUGCAUUUUCUGCAUUUGGAUACAAACCAGGUGACCAUAACCCUGGUACUACUAACUCUGUCAGUUUCGGUGGAAAAGGGAACACGCAAUAUCAACAACACACUUCAUUUCCUAACAAGUGGAAUAAACCAAACAAGUAUGUGCAGACAGUGGCUGGUCGAGGUGCGGGCAAAGGCAUGAGGCCGGAAGAGGUUGCAAUGACGCUUGGAAAUAAUGCUCCAGCGUUUCACCAGCAGAAAAGCACUGUGAAAGGAACAUGUUGUUUGAUAAGUCGGGAAAGAUUCGAGGUGAACAUCCUGUACCAUCCUGCUGUUAUCGAGAUUUUCAAAUCGAUGCCAACACGCUGUUAUGAUGCGACUUCUAAACACUGGACAUUCAAAUUGGGAGAUUAUUACUCGCUCACGGAGAAACUACGACGGGUAGAUGGCGUUACUGUUGAGGCACUUCCGGCAAUGGUUAGAGCCGUUUUCAGCACUCAACUUGGUGGAAAAUAUCCCCCUGUUCACAUCCCGGUCGCAGACUUGUCGAAUGUUGAAGAAAGUCUUGUACAGACGUUGAUGCCAUUUCAAAGAGAGGGUGUUAGCUUUGCUAUCAGUAGGAAGGGACGUGUCCUCCUUGCUGAUGAUAUGGGACUGGGGAAAACACUACAGGGAAUAUGCCUGGCGUGCUACUAUAGGGAGGAGUGGCCAGUUUUGGUGGUGACCCCCUCCUCUGUGAGAUUUGCAUGGGCUCAGCAAUUCAAGAAGUGGAUGCCAAGUCUCGACGCAGCCGACAUCAAGGUUGCUGUGACGACGAGUGACAACGAAUCGUUUGGUCGCAUCCAUAUCACCAGUUACGAUUUGGUGGUGAGGAAAGCUGAGGACAUACUUAAGGCCCGGUUCAGAGUUGUGAUCAUGGACGAAUCUCAUUUGUUGAAGAAUCAUAAGACUGCGAGGUGUCAGGCAGCUGCUCCUAUUUUGAAGGCGGCCAGCAGAGUUAUACUUUUAUCGGGUACACCAGCACUUUCACGUCCGAAAGAACUCUUCCCACAGCUAUCAGCAGUCAACUCGAAGGUUUUUGACAAAUUCCACGACUUUGGUGUAAGAUAUUGUGAUGGGAAGCAAACUCAGUUUGCAAAUGCGUGGGAUUAUAGUGGUUCGUCAAAUAUGGCGGAGCUGCAGCUCAUCCUCGAGGAGAGCAAUAUGAUUCGUCGCGUGAAGACCGACGUCCUCGACCAACUGCCGGAGAAGCGUCGAGAAAUGAUCAUUCUUGACCCGGCUGCUAUCAAAACAGCCAAGACGAUGAAGGCAGCAGCUGACCUCAUGGGCAGUGGGAAAUUAAAGGGAAUGGAGCGUCGAGGCUGUCUGCUGACCUACUAUGCCGAGACAUCAAAAGCUAAGAUUCCCGCUGUCAAGAGUUACGUGUUGGAUCUUCUGGAGAGUGGGAAGAAGUUCCUUGUCUUUGCUCACCAUUCGGAGAUGCUCGAUGCCCUAGAAGAUGCAAUCUCGAGAAAGAACCAUGGUCUCAUCCGCAUUGACGGGCGGACGCCAUCUGAACAACGCAAGGUCGUUUGUGAUAAGUUUAUGUUCAAUGAAGACAUCAAGGUGGCGCUGCUUUCCAUCACGGCUGCCAGCACCGGCCUCAACUUAACCGCGGCAUCUCUGGUGGUGUUUGCAGAACUUUUCUGGAAUCCUGGUAUUCUGACCCAAGCUGAAGAUCGCGUCCACAGAAUCGGCCAGAAGGAUUCCGUCAACGUGCAGUACCUGAUGGCCAAGGGCACAGCCGAUGACUACAUUUGGCCGCUCGUUCAGAACAAGCUGGAUGUACUGCAGUCAGCCGGACUCACCAAGGAUGACUUCACCACUGCUGAUAAAACUGAAAUGGGUGUCUCAAAACGUCAUGUCACUCAGAGGACAAUCCUGUCGUACUUUGAAGAAGACCUCUUCGACCAGUCUCAUGACUUGAACGACGAUUUGUUCAAGACUGCCUUUGAUGAUGAUAUGAUAUUGAUGCAGAAUCGAGAGGGAGUGAUUCCCUUAAAGGAUGAGGAAACUGCAGCUCCUCUGGUCAAGAAACCCAAGAUCCCGCCGGCUCCUGAGAGGUCAUCUACGAUUCUACCAGAUGAGUUUGAUAUGGAUAACGAGGACUGGUGGAUGUGAGAGACCAUGAGACAUUCUGGUACAAAGGCAGGCCGGUGGUGAAAAUCAAUGAACCAGUUUUCUCAUCUUUAUGUCUAUGCUUCUUACUGCGUUGCCAAUAUGGAGGAUAUUCAAGUCGGGCCUAAACAUUUUUUAUGCAGAGGAUUUUCAAAGGCUGUGAUCGCUUUCUCAGGAAAUUGAGAGAGCAUGUAAUUUUUUUGUAUAAUAAAAUUAUGUGAUGC